CCAAACAAAACUAGCACUCCGCUGCUUAUCCUCUGUCAAAAGUGGCCAAACAAAGCUUUCUUAUAAGUAACGAUUUCCCUCGUCACCUCAUACCACUAUUAGACUGAAAUUGACUAAGCUGGUGGGGGACAUCCACUUCUACAAUAAAACGUCAUAGUUUGACUCUUUGGGCAGGUCCUUUUGCAGUAAAAAUCACAUCAUGUCAGCAACACAGUAUCCAAAAUCUGUUGAAAAGAUAGGUGGUGAGAAAAGAAAGCUAAAAUAAAAAAAAAUAAAAUUUGUUUUCACAAGGGGAGUAAAAUUUCCAAGUUGAAGUAUUUUUGGUAAAAUAUAUAGUAGUAAUGAUUGUUACGUUCAGCUUUAAUGGCUAUGAGCUCUGACACAAAAAAAGGAGAGCUUUAAUGGCUAUAAAUAAGCAAUCACAUCACAUGGUCUCAAGUUCUCUGUCUGGCCAAUUCCUUUUUAGUUGCUUGCUCUUUUCCUUCCCUCUCAAUAUGUUCACUUGACACAGAGCUCCUCCACACCCUAACCCGUAUUCACAAACAAAAAAAGAGCCCAUCUUUGAUUGAAAUUCUCUAGUUUCUUCUUACUCUACUGUUCAAACAUAGAUCGCCGUCACAUUUCUUGUUAGUUGUUAUCUUCUCCAAUCUCUCUUAGAGCUCCACCUUUUCCCGUCCUUUUGAUCAUUGCUUAUCAAUUAUUUGUUAUUGGUUCUUGACUGCCCUUCUUUUUCAUUUAUUUCGUUGUUGUGUGAUGUUACGUGUAUAUCCUAUGUGAUGCUGCUGGUGAAGAGUUUGUUACUCGUAUUAUAUCUCUGCCGACGUCUUGAUUGUUUCUUGAUAUAAUCUUAAUCUGGGAAAUGCACGGAUUUGAAUUCUUGGUUCUCUGGUGGUGAAUUGUGGAGAGCAGAUCGGGGAAAUAUGCAGAGGCGGGCGGCCGAUAACCGGCGCCCGGUCAGAAGGAGGUUAUCACAGUGGAUCUGGGCGCUUCUGGGGAUGUUUCUGAUUGCGGGGCUAGUUUUAUUUAUGUUUCAACACCAUCACCAUGAAGAUCAGGUUACGCAGCCCAUACAGGCAGAGUGUUGUGUAAAAUAUGCGACUUACUCUGCCCAUCUUUUCCCAGGAGAACCAUGCAAGGCCAGAGCCAGUUAACCAUAAAGGCUUGAACUUCACUAAGGAAAUAUCAAGUGCUACCUCAUUUGUGCGGCAGUUGGCUGAGCAAAUGACACUUGCUAAGGCUUAUGUCAUUAUUGCAAAGGAGCACAAUAACCUCCACCUUGCAUGGGAGCUAAGCAAUAUGAUCAGAAGUUGCCAGCUUCUGCUUUCAAAAUCUGCCAUGAGAGGGGAGUCCAUAACUCAAGAAGAAGCAGAGCCAAUAAUCAGUAGCCUGUCCUAUCUAAUCUUCAAGGCUCAAGAUGCCCGUUACGAUGUAGCAACUACCAUAAUCACAAUGAAGUCUCAUAUUCAAGCCCUUGAAGAACGUGCAAAUGCAGCAAUAGUCCAGAGCACAGUGUUUGGGCAAUUGGCGGCUGAAGCUCUGCCCAAGAACCUCCAUUGCCUAAAAGUAAAGCUCACCACUGAUUGGCUUGAGAAGCUGCCCCUUCAAGAUCUUGCAGAGGAGAAAAGAAAUUCUCCAAGAUUGGUGGAUAACAAUCUCUAUCACUUCUGCAUAUUUUCAGACAAUGUGCUGGCUACCUUUGUGGUUGUCAACUCCACAAUCUCCAAUGCUGACCAUCCAAAACAGCUAGUCUUCCACAUAGUCACGAAUGGAAUCAGCUACGGAGCUAUGCAGGCUUGGUUCCUCAGUAACGACUUCAAAGGGGCCACUAUAAAAGUGCAGAAUGUAGAAGAGUUCUCUUGGUUGAAUGCUUCUUAUGCUCCUGUUGUCAAACAGCUUCGUGAUGAAGAGUCACGUUAUAAUCAGGAUGUGAAGGGAGAGCCAAAACUGUGGAAUCACAAAGACCUGUCUCUACUGAAUCAUCUUCGCUUUUACAUCCCUGAAAUCUAUCCACUACUGGAGAAGAUAGUUUUUCUUGAUGAUGAUGUAGCUGUCCAAAAGGAUCUUACACAACUUUUUUCAUUGGAUUUGCAUGGAAAUGUCAAUGGAGCUGUGGAGACUUGUCUUGUAGCAUUUCAUCGUUAUUACAAGUAUCUCAAUUUCUCAAACCCAAUCAUCAGCUCAAAGUUUGACCCACAGGCAUGUGGAUGGGCAUUUGGUAUGAAUGUUUUUGAUUUGGUUGCAUGGAGAAAGGCAAAUGUGACUGCGCAGUAUCAUUACUGGCAGAAGCAGAAUGGUGAUGGAACACUGUGGAAGCUGGGAACGCUUCCUCCUGCUCUUCUGGCAUUUUAUGGACUGACAGAGCCGCUUGAUAGAAGAUGGCAUGUGUUAGGAUUGGGAUAUGAUGCAAACAUUGACAGUCGUCUGAUUGAGAGUGCUGCGGUUAUUCACUUUAAUGGGAACAUGAAGCCAUGGCUGAAGUUGGCCAUUGGCAGGUACAAGCCUCUGUGGGAAAGGUACAUGAAUCAAACUCACCCGUAUUACCAAGAUUGUGCUACAUCCUGAUAAUGGAUAAUUUAUGUGAUCUCUUCAUUGUAAAGCCAGAAUUGGAAAAUUUUAACUUCACUAGGAGUUCUGUUUUCUUUUAUUUCCUUCCCUUUUUCUUAUACGUUUCUGAAAAGAAAAAGAACAAGUUCUAUACAUUAGAGAAUCUAAAUUUAGUUAGGUGAAGAGGUGUGGAGAAUUCAUUUUUGGCUGAUGGGGUUCUUUCUUCCCCUCUGCAAGCUGUAGAAAUAUUUGUUCAUGAGCAAUUCUUGUAAUAAUUCUUAAGAUCUUUUGGAUUAUAAUGUAAGUGAACAUCAGCCGGAUUCUUGAUAUUAUAAUGAGUCUUGAAUAU